AGCCUAAGUCCUGCCCUUUGGUCUAUGGUCUCAGCAAGGAGCCCUAAGGGAGUCUACUAACAGGUCUUCAGGGGCGCCCCAGGAACUACUUCCGGAAAAGAGGGUGGGCUACAGGGGUCUCUGUGCACACUGCAUCAUGGUGAGGAAUUUAGACGACCUGGACUUCCAUCUGCCUUCACAUGCCCAAGACAUGCUGGAAGGCCUUCAGCGUCUGCGCUCCCUGCCCAAGCUGGCCGAUGUCACACUGCUGGUCGGGGACCAGGAGCUGCCCUGUCACCGCAGCCUUCUGGCGCUCAAUAGCCCCUACUUCCAUGCCAUGUUUGCUGGAGACUUCACUGAGAGCUUCUUGGCACGUGUGGAACUGCGAGACGUGGAGCCGGCUAUGGUGGGGCAGCUGGUGGACUUCGUGUACACGGGCCGGUUGACCAUCACUCAGGCUAACGUGGAGGCGCUGACCCGCUCCGCCUCACGCCUGAACUUCCCCACUGUACAGAAGGUCUGCGGCCGAUACCUCCAGCAGCAGCUGGAUGCUACUAACUGUCUGGGCAUCUGCGAGUUUGGGGAACAGCAAGGCCUGCUAGGGGUAGCUGCCAAAGCCUGGGCUUUCCUGCGGGAGAACUUUGAGGCGGUGGCCCAAGAGGAUGAAUUCUUGCAGCUGGCAAGAGACCGGCUGGCUACCUGUCUGGCCAGCGACCUGCUGCAGGUACAACCGGAGCAGAGUCGGCUCGAGGCCCUGCUGCGCUGGGUGCGCCAUGACCCCCAGGACCGGGCUGCCCACCUGCCCGAGCUCCUCAGCCUAGUGCACCUGGAUGCCGUGCCUAGGCCCUGCGUGCAACAGUUGCUCGCCACGGAGCCACUGAUCCAGGAGUCAGAGGCGUGUCAGGAGGCCCUGUCCCAGGGCCACAGUGAGGAGCUUCCUGGCCUCCCACAGAAGAUGCAGGAGGUGCUGGUGGUCGUUGGAGGACGGGCGCUGGAGGAGGACGAGGACGGUGGUGAGGAACCCAGCCACCACACUGGGAACUUUGCUUUCUACAACACCAAGGCCAGGCAGUGGAUGGCACUCCCGGACUUCCCUGAUUACCACAAGUGGGGCUUCUCCCUGGCAGCACUCAACAGUGAUGUUUACGUCACAGGUGGCUCACGGGGCACCAAAACAGAUACCUGGUCGACCACCCAGGCCUGGUGCUUCCCACUGAAGGAAGCUAUCUGGAAGCCUGUGGCACCCAUGCUGAAGGCCCGUACGAACCAUGCCAGUACAGCGCUGAAUGGAGAGAUCUAUGCCAUCGGUGGCACCGCCCUGGACGCAGUGGAGGUAGAGCGCUAUGAUCCCUACACGGACAGUUGGGCUCCCGUCGGCCCGGCGCCCAAGUAUGUCAGCAACUUCUCAGCUGCUGGCUGCCAAGGCCGCCUCUACCUGGUGGGCUCCAGUGCCUGCAAGUACAACAUGCUGGCUCUCCAGUGCUACAGCCCUGUGACAGAUGCGUGGAGUGUCAUCGCUUCACCUUUCCUGCCCAAGUACCUGUCCUCUCCACGCUGUGCAGCUCUCAAUGGAGCCCUGUAUCUCAUCGGUGACAACACUAAGAAAGUCUAUGUGUAUGAUCCUGGGGCCAACCUGUGGCAGAAGGUGCAAUCUCAACACAGCCUACAUGAGAACGGUGCAUUAGUGCCUCUGGGUGACCUGCUGUAUGUGACGGGUGGCCGCUGGCAAGGCAUGGAUGGAGACUACCAUGUGGAGAUGGAGGCCUACGACACUGUAAGAGAUGCCUGGGCCCGCCAUGGCUCUCUACCCCGUCUCUGGCUGUACCAUGGGGCCUCUACCAUCUUUCUGGAUGUCUCCAAAUGGACACAGCCCUUCAUCCCCACUGCCCCUCAGGAGCACUAGGGAGGGAGGAGUUCCUGGCUCUGCUCCUCAUUGUCCUGCACAAUGCCACCCCCCCCCAUGUGUGUCCUCUGUCUACUGUGAGUUGCUGCCCCCUCCAAGGCAUGGGCUGGGCUCAGUAUCAGAUGACACAGCUCUGGGGCUAGCAACUUUGUCACCAGUUGUAAGAGCAAGCGAGACCCUGACACUCAGCUCACACAGUGGAGGAGAGGGCUCUGCUGUCCCUGAAGACCCCAGAGAAAGAAGCUAAGGGGUCCUGGACUAUACCCUCAGGGAAAACAGGCCCCGUGGUGGCAGUUCUUCUUGCUCUACCUACCGUGGUUUGGGGGGAGUGGGGAGCUGUGCAAAUGGGGAGUUAAAAUGGAAUACCCCAACAUUGAGCCAGGGCCUCAAGCUUGGAGGCCCAGCCUAGAGCAGGCCAUGCCAUGCUCUUUGACCAUGUCCACAGCUUCCUCUCUCCCCUCUUUCCUCAGAUUCCACAUUCGCCCCACAUGGGGUGGCUGGAUGAAGGCUGGGCUCUCCCCAUCUCUAGCCUCUGUGUGUUGGCACUGUGUUUACAUAGCUGCUUCUGGGAGGAAGGUGGCUCUGCUCCACCAUGGGUACCUCUGACACCAGGAAAGCGGCCCCUGAAGAGAGGCUAGGAAGGCAGGGGAUGCGGUUCAGGGCAGGAGAGUGAGACGGUAGAGGAUUCUCUAGGAGAUCGGUUCCCAAGCUGCCCAGUGCUAAGACAGUUCCUCAUGUUGUAGUCACUUUCGACCAUAACACUGUCUUCAUUGUUACUUCAUAACGAUAAUUUUGCUACUGUUAUGACUAAAAUCAGAUAUGCAGGUCAUCUGAUAAAUGAGUUAAUGUUUGAUAUUCGGGGUAUCUCACACCUGAUCCCUCACCCUGGUCUGCAGGGAUUCUGGGGAUGGCCCUGGGGUGUGUCAAAAGCUUGCUUCCGGGGAUAUGCUGAGAUGGGGUGGAGCUAACAUCUGAUGGACUCUCCUGCCAAUCAUGAUAUGAUUUAACAUGACUCAGACCGUGGUCUCAUGAGGUCAUGCAUUUUUCAGUCUCCACAUCUCUGUCCCUUUGCCCUCUUGCUCUCCUCCAGACGAGGCACCAGAUUUGUAACCAGACAAACAAUAAAGAACUAUCACUG